UGGGGUGGUUAGAUGGAUGUACACACCAAGAUGCAUAAUGGUUAGUCCUAAACUACGAAAUGCUCACUGCAUUGGUGCCAUUCUUGUUGAUAGAUAACAUAUUAUAUAAAUUUUUAAAAAUAAUAUCCAACUGUAUGCAUAGUUAGUUUGAUGACUAAGUGAUGAGAUAUCAGUAUCUAUAAAAAGCCUAUAGAGCUAAGAACAAAGUUCACCUUAUCUGUCUUCACUCCAAGAAACCUCUUAAAUAUCGGACAUUUCCAAGAGUCUUUCCUCUUAAACAUCGUAUAUCUUGUUCCUGUUUUACACUACCCAAGAAAGAAUUAGUGCGUUUAAAUAAACCAUUAACCAUUCACUCCAACCUUCUACAUUUGUUUCCAAAUACUCUUUUGAGGUAAGUACUGACAUCGACUCAUCGAGAGAGAUCGAUUAUUCCGAAAGUCUUUUCCAUCCAAGUGGCAAAAGGAACAAUGAGUGGGUUAAAUGGAAACAGCCCAAGAAACUCCCCAAGGAAAACAUUUAGCCCAAAAAAUUCUCCAAGAAAAACAAACACAACUCUAAAACAACUCCUUUUAGAUUCAAGGAACAUGACAAAUUUUCUUGAUUCUGAGACAGAGGAAAUGCUUUCUCUAAUAUCUUACUGUUCUUUCACUGAUCCACAAGAAUCCCCUUCACUACAAGAUUUGAAGAGGCUAAAACUCAUCCAACUCCUUUCCAUCAUCAAGACUAUCAUUAAACCACUUGAUGAUCAAGUACUUUCACCCCUUUUCAUAAUGUUGUCAUCUAAUCUUUUUAGGCCUCUCCCCCCACCAAUUCAUUCUGCCGUCUCAGUAUUACUGGAUGACGAUGAUCUUAUCAGCAAUCCAACACCCUCCUGGCCACAUUUGCAAAUAGUUUACGACAUUUUCCUCAGGAUUGUCAGUAGAACAAGUGUUGAAUCGCUUCGUAUCUACAUAGACCAUGCUUUCCUCCUUAGUCUCCUCACGUUGUUCCAAUCUGAAGAUCAAAGAGAACGCGACAACUUGAAGAAUGUGUUCCACAGAAUCUAUUCAAAGUUAACAUUCUACAGACCAUUCAUGAGAAAGACUAUGCAUGAUGUAUUCUUGCACUAUGUUUUCGAGACUGAUCAAAGGCACCCUGGAAUUGGAGAGCUUCUUGAAAUAUGGGGCACAAUUAUAAAUGGAUUUAGUGUUCCUUUGAAAGAAGAACACAAGUUUUUCUUGAAUAGAGUUCUUGUCCCUUUGCAUAAACCAAAAGGGAUGCAAGUUUAUCAUAGGCAGCUGGCUUAUUGUGUAUCUCAGUUUGUGCAAAAAGAGCCUGAGCUUGGUGAGGUUGUUAUAAGAGGCAUAUUGAAGUACUGGCCAAUCACAAAUUGCCAGAAGGAAGUUCUGUUUAUUGGUGAACUGGAAGAACUUGUGGAGACUGUUGAUCCACAGUUGUAUAAGGAACUUGCCCUGCCUUUGUGCACCAAAAUUACCAAGUGUUUAAACAGUUGGAACUCGCAGGUUGCUGAACGCGCAUUGUAUGUGUGGAACAAUGAGCAAUUCUGGAAGAUGUUAUCACAAGCAAUGGAAGAAGUCUUUCCAGUUCUAGUGGAAGGGAUGGAGAAGAACUUGCAAGGACAUUGGAGCAAAAGUGUUAGACAAUUGACGGGGAAUGUGAAGGGAAUGCUGGAAGCUCUAGCACCAUUUCUCUAUUCCAAGUGCCUUCUACAGCUUGAAAUCCAAGAAGCCGGUGAACGCAUAAAAGAGAUGAGAAGAAAAGAAAUUUGGGAAAAAAUUGAAAAUGCAGCAAUGGAUAAGAGAACAUACUGUAAAUGCAUUUCAUAAUUAACAGAUACAAAAGAGGCCUUGAUAGUGAGUGUUCCCCACAGCAUCAUGUCCUCUGACUUAGCACAAUUGAAUAUCCCAGGAAAUAUCUUACAAUCUCAUGUCAGUUUACUGUCUAUGGCUAAAGACAUUUUCCCAUAUGGAGACAGCGAUAUACACGAUGUAACACAUUUCAAUAAAGGGGUGAUACUUCAUAUUUCAAAGAAACAAAAUUCAAUUAAAAAAAUUAACACACAGAAUUGUCAAUACAGCAUCUUUGAAUUUCGCAUUUCAUUUCUAGUUAUAACUAUCAAAUAUUUUUUCAUCUUCCUUUAGACGGUAACUAAAAAAUAGUGCAGGAUAAAAUGACAUAAUAUUUUCUUUAAAAUGAUACAUAAAAUUUAAACCUCUCUACCAAUAACCACAAAGUACAGACAACAAUUAUUUCUUUCGCCCACCAUCGAGAUCAUUCAUACCUCCCAACGGACCAUCACUUUCAAACCUCCAGAUGAGAAGGUGGAUCAACAAAUUCUGAGACAUCUAGCUAUGAUAUCGUAGACUAAAAUCAAACAAUGGGACCUUAUAAUGGAAAGAUAAAAUCAGGAAAAGUUGCUCUUCAACCCAAUAUAAAAUUCUCACACCCAAUUAUCUUAAGAUUUAGGAUCUCGCCCCUUCAGGACAGACACCAACAAAAUCAAAUAUAAUUGUUGCAUCGCACACCUGUACACUAAAUUUGUCAAACCUCAGCUUCUCCAAUUGUCCAGCUAACUGUUGUGCCCAAAACCUGCAG